AUGGGUGUUAAAAAUAUUAAGAGCAAGGGUACAAAGCGUGCUGCCCAAGAAGAAACCAAAAAGGUAACCAAAAAAGCAAAAGUUUCCAAGAAACUCCCAUCACCACCAUCAGAAGAUGAAGAAGAAAUCCAAGAAGAAGAAGAAGAUUUAGAUGUCAGUGAACAAUCCGAAGAUGAAUCCAGUUCUGAAGAUGAUUUAGAUAUUAGUGAAAGUGAAAGUGAAGAUGAAUUGGAUAAUUUAGAUGAGGAAGAACAACAAGAAGGUGAUGAUGAUGUUGAAGAAGAAGAAAAGGAUGAAGAAAAUAAAAACACAGAAGUUGAUCCAAAUAAGAAAACAUCUGCUGAACAACACUCUGAACAAAAGAAAUUAUUAGCAGAACGUAAAUUGCAAAGAAAAUCUGGUGUUGAAGUUCAAAAGAUUAAAAACUUAUGGGAAAAGUUAAGAGUCACUAAGCCAACUCCACCAAAAGCUAAACGUGAUGAAUUAUGUGACGAAAUCUGGGACUUGGCUAAAGAUGUUAUUAAUGAUCUUGUUUUAAAACAUGAUGCUUCUCGUGUGGUUCAAACUUUGGUUAAAUACUCCAAUAAAGAAAGAAGAGAUAUCAUAGUAAGCUCCUUGAAGGGUACUUUUUAUCAAUUGGCUACUUCCGCUUAUGGUAAAUAUUUAUUGAUCAAGCUUUUACAUUACGGAUCCAAAGAAUCCAGAGCGUUAAUUGUUGAUGAAUUACACGGUAAAUUACGUAAGCUAAUGAGACAUAGAGAAGGUGCAUACGUCGUUGAAGAUUUAUAUGUCCUUUAUUCUACAGGUGAGCAAAGACAACAAAUGAUUAGAGAAUUCUGGGGUUCUCAAUAUGCUGUAUUCAGAGAUUCUGGUAAGGGAAAGACAGUAUUGGAUGUUGUUGGGGAACUGGCUGAGAAAAAGCAAUUGAUCAUGAGCAAUUUGUACGGUACUAUCAAGGCUUCAGUUGAAAAGGGUUCUACUGGUUUCCAAAUUUUGCAUGCCGCAAUGAGAGAAUAUGUGACAAUUUUAGUUAAUGAUAUUGAUGCUAAUGAAUCUGCCAUCCGUGACUUCAUCGACUUACUUGCAGAACAGUUUGCUGAAUUGGUCCACACACAAGAAGGUUCAGAAGUUGCUUGUAAUUUAAUUGCUUUGGCCAACGCUAAAGAACGUAAAACCAUUAUCAAAAGUUUAAAGACUCAUACUAAUGAAUUAAUCAAAAAUGAGUAUGGUAACAUAGUCUUGAUCACUUUGUUUAUGACAGUCGAUGAUACUGUUUUGAUUUUCAAAUCAUUUGGAUCUGAAAUUUUCUCCAAGGAAUUGGUUCCAGAGUUAAUUCAAGAUAAAUUUUCUAGAAGACCAAUUUUGUAUUUGUUAAAAGGGUUAGAUGGUAAAUAUUUCGCACCAAACGUAAAGAAAGCAAUUUUGGGUUACGAAGAAUUGGCUUACAAGAAGACUUCCAAGAAGGAUAAAGAACAAAGAAAAUUAGAAUUAUUGGAAAAAUCAAUAAUCCCACUUUAUAAAUCUAUAUCAGAUGAAGAAACUGUUAGCCAGUUGUUGACCCUGAAUAUGGCUGCUCAAGUCAUUGCUGAAUUAAUUCUUACUCCUACAACCUUUGCUGAAGUGAAUGAUAAAUUAAGACCACAAUUAGUUGAUAUAAUCUUUGACAAAACUAUUAGUGGUGAUGUUCUUGAAGAUUACCACUUGCUUAACAAAACUCCCUUCGUUUCUAGAUUAGUCAAAUCUUUAAUUCAAGGUAACGAAUUUACAUUUGAUAAUGCAUCCAAGAAAUUGGUCAAAACUGGUAAUGAUCCAAUUCCAAGUGUUGGUACCAAAUUUGCUGAAAGAGUUGCUGGUGAAAUCAAUGUCAAAGAUUGGAUUUCAGGUCAACCAGCUUUUGUUCUUGUUUCAGUUGUCGAAGUCUUGCAAUUAGCUAAGUCUUCUAAAGUCGAUAAAUUGAAGAAAUCCAUCAAGAAAUUGACAUUAUCAAAAGACGACAAAGGUGCUAAACUUUUAUCUACUGUUAUUUAG